AUGGGUCAUCUAUCUUCAUUACUGAAAAAGAACUGGAUUCUCUGGAAGAGGAACUUCUUCUGUUCUACUUGCGAAAUCAUUUUACCAUUACUGUUAAUAGUGGCCUUGGGAGGAAUAAGGUAAAAAUUACAUGAGUUCUAGGCGCAUUAUACAUAAGACUAAUAUUGAUGAAAUUGGGUUUUUACGACCUGAAUUGGACUGGCAAUCAUCAGAUCCUAAUGUGCCAGUGAUGUUAUCUCCUUUUAUAGAUGAAAGAGAAAUAGAAAAUAAUAUUAUGGCCAUACAAAAGUGGGAUCCAAGUUUGAAUCUUGUUCAGAAUCUUAAGAGUUUGGACACCGAAACGAGAUUAUCAGUAUUGCCUAAAAUGAAGUAUUUGAUAAGAUUAACUUAGAAAUUGCAUAGACAACUAUAACUAUGACGAAGAUACUUAUUGGUUGAACGGACAUGUGGUGCUUGGGCCAAGCCAAGAUCAUAAGAUUGUCAAGGAACUGAAGUACAUAUUUGAAAGUAAGAUAUAUAACAAUCAAAAUUAGCAUAUUAUGAUUACAAAACUUUAAUCUUUAAGAACAAUGAUGAUCUUGACACUUACACUUCAGAUUCAGAUUAUGGAAAAGGUGAAGUUCCUAGUGUAUGUUUUGCUGUGAUGUUUAAUGAAACUGUCGGGAAUAAUAUUUAUGACUAUCAAUUAAGAUUCAAUACAAGUGGGUUAUUUGAUUAUGAAAUCCCUCCAACAAAUGAGAUUGAUGUGGAUCCAGUUAAAUAUCAAGAUCAUUACAAGGCGAAUGCCUAUUGGAAAUCUGGUAUGUUGACCGUGUAAACUUUUGUGGAUAAUGUUAUUUUGAAGAUCGAAACUAACAGCUAAGCCUCUAUAACUCCAAAAUUCUCUUAUGGUAUUUAUGAGUUUAACUCAAUUAGUGCAUCAAUAGGAUGGUGUUAAGGAUGAUUUCGCAGAAUUCUUAAGAGGGUAAUUUGGUGUUUACUUGAUAUUGCCUCUGAUAAUCAUAUAUUUGAGAAUGACCUACGCUAUGAUUUAUGAAAAGGAGAAAAAGCUAAGGGAAGGUAUGAAGAUGAUGGGAUUGAACAACACAUCAUUCUAUUUAUCAUGGAUUAUCCAGUAUCUCAUAAUCUAUACAAUCAUAUCAAUUCUUGCUACAAUUCUGUUAUCAGCCAUUGUAUUUACUCAUACUGAUGGAUUUGUGUUGUUCUUGAAUUAUUGGCUAUUUUGCAUAGUCUUGAUAUUCUAAUCUAUGUUCAUAAGGUAAAAAUUAAUUUAAUCCUAGUGUGUUUUUUACAAGAGCAUUGUUCGGAUUAAUCGUAGCAAUCGUUUGGUAUUUGCUGAUGUACAUGGUGAUCAGUUUAGUUGGCAGUGGAGAGUAGGUAGUUCCUGAAGCAACCUAUUGGGGAGCCUCAAUAUCUUCUCAUGCAGGAAUGUCCUUUGCUUUUGAUGUGAUGGUACUGUUUGAAGCUCAAGGGAGAGGUGUUUCGAUGUCUUCAAUAGCAACCAAAGUUGAAAACUAUUCGGUUAAUAUUGCCUUGAUAAUGCACCUCUUGAACAUAUUCUUCUACUUGAUAUUGUCGAUUUAUUUGGAUCUCGUAUUUCCAAAUGAAUGGGGUAAGAAAUUGCACCCGUUAUUUUGCAUUCCCUAUUUCAAUAGAUCACAUAAUAGUGGACAGUCUAAAUCAUUGAGGAAGAAGUCAUCCUAAGUUCAUCAAGAAAGAUAUGAAGAAGUGGAGUAGGCUUUGAAAGAUUAGGAAGGUAGGUAAGAAGUACUUAAAAUCUCUAAUCUUACCAAAAUUUAUCCAAGUGGAAAGUAAGCAGUCAGUAAUGUGAGUCUGACUAUGUAUAUAGGUUAAAUUUAUGCCUUAUUGGGACAUAAUGGUGCAGGGAAGACCACCACCAUUUCUAUGUUGACAGGUCUCUUAGAUAUCACUGCAGGAGAAGCAACAGCAUUUGGAUAUGAUAUUGAAACUUAAAUUGAGUAGAUUAGAUAAUUUAUGGGGGUUUGUCCAUAACAUGAUAUUUUAUUUGAUAAUUUGACAGUCAAAGAACAUUUGGAAAUGUUUGCUACUUUCAAAGGAAUGAAUCCAGACGAUAUUCCCGCAGCUGUUAGAAGAAUGAUUGAAGAUGUUGAUCUACUAGAAAAGACUGAUUAUUUAAGUAAGAAUCUAUCAGGAGGACAAAAGCGAAGAUUAUCAGUUGCAAUUGCAUUUAUUGGUAAUUCUAAAUUAAUCUAUUUGGAUGAACCUACUUCAGGAAUGGAUACGAGUGCUAGAAGAUACAUUUGGGAAAUGCUUAAGAAUUACAAAGAAGAUAGAAUCAUAGUGUUGACAACUCAUUUUAUGGAUGAGGCUGACUUUCUAGGUGAUAGAAUCGGUAUUAUGGGAGAAGGAAAGUUGUAAUGCUCUGGAAGCAGUGUGUUUUUGAAGAAUCAAUUUGGUAAUGGCUACAACCUUACUAUUGUUAAAGAGAGUACUCUUACUGAUUCAGAUCCAAUUAUAGAGGUAAUAAUGAAGUCUUGUCCGGAAGCUAUUCUGAUUUCUAAGGUUUCAGCUGAGAUUCUCAUGUAAUUACCUUUGAAUGCUGUGAAUAAAUUUCCAAAAUUAUUUUCAGAUUUAGAUAAUAAUUUGAAAGCAUUGCAUAUUUAAAGUUACGGAAUCAGUAUCACCACCCUGGAGGAAGUGUUUUUAAAGGUUGCCUAGAUAGGAGCUGGACAUAAUUAAGUAAAUGAUUAUAUGGAGUUGGAGGAUAAAAACAAAGAAGCCAUUAAAAUUGACGAUUUUGAUAUUAAUUAAAUAAGAGUGACAAAUCCUACUUUGUUAUUUUUCAAUCACACUCUUGCUUUACUUUUGAAGAGGUUUCGCUUUUUUAAAAGAGAUAUGAUGAGUUUAUGUUGUGAAAUCCUUCUACCAUGUUUGGUUGUACUUGUGGGUCUGAUCCUAAUGACCAUAAAUUUUAUCACUGAACCUGAUGUUAUUAUAUUGACACCACCUUCAGAAUGUUACGGGAAUGGAAUUCAAUAUUUAUGGGGAGGAGUGAAUGACUAAUCUCUAUUUUCGUAGAUCGAUUUGGAAAUGUACAAUUCAUCACUUCAAGUUUUUGGAGAUGAUAGUUUGAGUAAUCUAUAAAAGAUGGAUUAAGAUUACUUUGAUACUUUUGAUUCAACAUCGAAUAUUGGAUGGUUUUAUCUGACCAGCAAUUCAAAUGAUUAAUAUGAAUAUUAUAUGUUUGUGAACACCAUCUUUAGGGAAGGCCCACUUGUUAUGCAAAACUAAAUGAAUUAAGCUAUUUUAAGAAAAGCAACUAAUAAUAACAAUUACGAGAUCAGAGUUACAAAUUCCCCUUUGAGGAAAACCUAUGAUGAAUUGAAUGAGUCGAAGGCAAUAGCUGGUUUCUUAUCUGCUCUAGUGUUUUCCAUGGGUAUGGCAUUCAUUCCAGCAUCUAUUAUCUCAUACAUUGUUAAGGAAAGAGAAAUUAAUAUUAAACAUCAACAGUUGGUAUCUGGUGUUUCAGUAAAAGCAUAUUGGUUUAGUAAUUGGAUUAUGGACUUAGGAAAACAUGUAAUUCCAGCAGUGGUGUGUUGUCUUCUAAUUUUGGCUUUCGAUAUAGCUGCAUUGAGACAAGGAGAGAACUAUGGAUUCUCAUGGUUGAUCUUCUUUUUAUAUGGUUGGGCAAUCAUCCCCUUUUGUUACCUCUUUAGUUUUGCCUUCAAAUAACAGGGGAAUGCAAUGUUAUUGAACUUUUUCAUUCAUUUACUGGUUGGAUCAAUUGUCAGUUUAAUAAUUUACAUCUUGAGAUUGAUCUCAUCCACAAGAGAUGUAGCCACUGUUUUAUAAUGGAUAUUCAGAUUGAUUCCCUCUUUCUCAUUUGCAUAUGGUAUAUUAAAUGCAUGUUCUAAAGACACUUACAUGAUAAUUGAGGGAUGGAGUGAAAUGAAAAGUACUUAUGAUAUGGAAGUAAGUGGUGCAGACAUACUAAUGCUCGUAGUCAUGGGAGUAGUUUAUACAAUAAGCAUAUUCAUCGUUGAAUACUUUGAGGAUAAUGGAUAACUGUAGAAAUUGGGAUCAAGUGAAAGCAGUAUCCCUUACAUUCCAAAACCGAUUGAUGAUGAUGUUGCUAAAGAAAAAUAAUUGUGUGAAACCUUUAGGCCUGAAGAGAAAGCUAUUCUUGUUAAAGAGUUGAGAAAAGUAUUCAUGUUGGGAGAAGGAAAACACAAGGUAGCUGUCGACUAAGUCAGUUUUGCUAUUGAUUAAGGAGAGGUCUUUGGCCUAUUGGGAGUUAAUGGAGCUGGUAAAACUACCACCUUUAAGAUAUUGUCAGGAGAGUUAAAACCUACAAGUGGAGAAGCAUUUAUUGCAGGCAAGAGUGUCAUUAAUGAUCUUGAAGCUGCUAGAGUCAAUAUUGGAUAUUGUCCUCAAUUUGAUGCCUUAUUAGAUAAUCUUACUGUCAGAGAACACAUAGAACUAUUCUCGGAUAUCAAAGGAAUACCAUAUUAAAAGAAAGAGGAAUUAGUUGAAAAGAAGUUAAAUGAGAUGGAUUUGAAGAGAUUUGAGAAUAUUCAAUCGGGUUAACUGUCAGGUGGAAAUAAACGAAAGUUGUCAGUUGCCAUUGCUAUGAUAGGAAACCCUCCUAUUGUCUUUUUAGAUGAACCUUCCACUGGUAUGGAUCCAGAAGCAAGAAGAUUCAUGUGGAAUGUUAUCUCAAGAAUUGCAACCCAAAGAAAACAAAGCACUAUUAUCUUAACUACUCAUUCAAUGGAAGAAGCAGAAGCACUAUCAACUAAAAUUGCUAUCCAAGUUAGUGGUAAUCUCAGAUGUCUUGGAUCAGUUCAACAUAUCAAAAAUAAAUUUGGAAAAGGAUACGAAAUUGAAGUCAAAUUAGAAAAACCUUAAAUAAACGAGAUUCAAGAAUUAGUCUAAUAGAUGGGAUUGUAAGGCAGUACUAGAUUGGAUUAAAGCAUGACUUUUGAGAUAUUGAAAAAAAUCAAUUAAAAUCAUCUAGAAUAAGAAAUCACAAUGAAAGGAUCAGGAUCACAUAUUUAUAAUGAUCUCAGAAAACCUAAUCUUUUAGCAGUUGAAACACUAGCAGAAUAUAUUAUAGUAGAGAGAAUGGGUGAUCUAUUGUAGAGAUUUAUUCAGUAAAGCUUUGGAUAAUUUGAAAUAAUUGAACAUUUCUAAACUUUCUAUAGGUUUAGAUUACUUGGAUAAAUUACUGUUAGCAAACUUUUUGAAGGAUUCGAGCAAAAUGUAUAUAUUUAUUUAAUAAAUUUAGAAAAAACAAAAUAGAAUUUCCCAGUACUCCAUAAAAUAAGCAUCGAUCGAAUAAAUUUUCAAUACAUUUGCACUUUAGGAUUCCCAACAACAAGAAGCCGAUGAAAAUGUAUAAGGCAAUCAAAUUGCAGUCUAGAUUUAAUAAAAUUCUUGAUUUGUAUUUUAGUAACC